AUGUUUACACCUCAGCUACCACUUUUGACACCUAUUGCUGGUGCUAUUAAUACAGAACAACCAGCACGUACUAAACUCGUUGGUUAUCCUGGUCGAAUGAUGUUAAGAGAUAUAAAACGACGUACACUUAUUCGAAAAUAUUGGCCACAACGAUUUCGAUAUCAAUUAUUACGUAAAAAUAUGAUGUUUCCAGAUUCAUUCAAGAAUUAUUGUCGAGAAGAAGAAUUUUCAACGUUUACAAAUGAAACUCAACCAUGGUGGAGAUGGAAUCGAUGUGCAUUAACAUCUCGUCAAUGGGGUGUUCUUGAACAAUAUCGUUUAGGACGUAUAAUGUGGCGUCGUUUUGCUGAUUAUAAUCAAAUGUCAGGUGUUAUGCGUACAACAUUUGAUCGAUAUACAAGACAAAAUACUGAAAUGAUGAAACGUGACCGACGAAUUAUACGUGAAGAUCCAUAA